UAAACAUAACAUUAGUGCCAAAAGUUAGUACCAAAUCUGUUCUAUACAUUGAAAGACAACCUAAAAGUACAACUGUUUCUCCAAAUGAAUACCAAUUGGAUAUCUCGGAUGUCACUGAAAUGACAACAAAUAUUUCACAAAAUAAUCUCAAAUUGGCUUUUCUUUCAAAUAUGAGUUAUCUUUUGGAUCAACUUUUGUCUGAAGAUGUGUACGACAAACGAAUUAGACCGGGAUUUGGGGGUGAUCCGCUGGAGAUUUACACCGAUAUAGAGAUCAGAAGUUUUGGACCAAUUUCUGAAAGCGAAAUGAUUUAUUCAAUGGAUUGCUAUUUUCGUCAAACAUGGGUUGACCCGAGAUUACGAUUUGGUAAUUAUAGUAAAAAUGACAUACUUUUGGUAUUAUCUAUGGAUUGGAAAUUUUUGCAAAGGGUUUGGAUUCCCGACACUUCUAUAUUUAACGGAAGAAAUAGUUAUAUGCAUAAAGUGACGGUUCCUAACAAAUUCAUUAGAGUUAGACAAGACGGACAACUCAGAUAUUCAAUGAGAAUCACAAUAAAGGCUUCGUGUCCAAUGCAUCUGAGAAAAUAUCCGUUUGAUAUGCAAUCGUGUGGUUUACAAAUAGGCAGUUUUGCCUAUUCAGCCAAAGACAUUGUCUACAAAUGGAAAGGACAGACCCCUGUAGUGAUUAGUAAAGACGUGACACUCUCUCAAUACAACUUUGUUAACAUAACACUAACAAACUUAACAAAACCAUCUUCAGAUGAGAGGUCAUCAAUAAUUGUACGAUUUAUAUUGCAAAGAAGGAGAGGAUAUUUUAUGUUACAAAUCUAUGCUCCCUGUGCUAUGAUAGUGGGCGCCUCCUGGGUCUCUUUCUGGAUCAAUCGUUCCGAUGCCGCUGGUCGAGUAUCUGUUGGCGCCACAACUGUGCUUACAUUAGUUACAAUGGGUUUUGGCGGUCGGACAUCACUUCCUCGGGUGACUUACGCCACAGCAUUGGACUGGUUUAUAGUCAUGUGUUUUGCAUUUGUUUUUACAGCAAUGGUUGAGUACGCGUGUGUCAACUUUGCUGACCACAAACAGGCCGAACAAAUACAAAAAAUAUUUAAUGAAAAGUUGCGAAAACAUCAAAUUAACAAACAAAACUAUUGCGAAGAACUCGAAGUUGACAUUAUUGAAGAAAAUGUUGUUUUGACAGAAGAUAAGGAAGAAAUUAUUGUCACCGAAACAGAAGCCAAAGUGGACGUCGAGUUUGUCACCGAUAAUAAAGAUGUGACCGAAGAAACAAACARUCAAACAAAUGAAGAAUUGAAAAAUACAAAGACAAAGGAGUCAUCUCAUAGUUUCAAGUCUAACAACAUUAGAGAUAUGCCGAUCAAACAGUUGGCCCAAUUGGAGCCUACAAUUGGUAACUAUUUGGAUGAAUGGGCGCGACUGGUGUUUCCCCUAACAUUUGCCAUUUUAAAUCUUCUUUAUUGGUAUUUAUAUCUUUAUAAAUUUGAUGACGAACUCGAAGAUAAUAUUGAUAACACUCCUAAUGUAAACCGAAUUAUUUGA